CACCACUCGAGCUUCUGCGUCUAAGGUCAUAUAUAGCUCACAUAGAAAAUGGAGAAUCCAAGCGUUAAUGAUCUAUCUCAGAUCCUCCCUCGCGUCCUUGUCGUCUCUAGACGCACCCUUCGCAAGAACAAGUUCGUCGAUUUCGUUGGUGAGUACCAUCUUGAUCUUAUUGUGGAGUACGGUGCUGUACCGGUGAUUGUCCCACGAGUGUCUGGUGUUCACAAGUUGUUAGAGAGCUUCAAACCAAUCCAUGGAGUUCUACUCUGUGAAGGAGAAGACAUCGACCCUUCUCUAUAUGAGUCCGAAUUAUCUUCCCUAUCACCUCAAGAACUCGACGAGAUUAGAAAAACACACGCAAGUGAUACAGCUAUCGACAAGGAAAAAGACUCUAUUGAGUUUGCCCUAGCAAAGCUCUGCCUAGAACAGAACAUUCCUUACUUAGGAAUUUGUAGAGGAUCACAGGUCUUGAAUGUUUCUUGUGGUGGGAGUCUUUAUCAAGACCUUGAGACAGAGGUCACAAAUUACGUCUCUGAUGAAAACAAAAGAAACCACAUCGAUUAUGAUGACUAUGAUGGUUAUAGACAUGAGGUGAAGAUAGUAAAAAACACUCCUUUGCAUAAAUGGUUUAAAGAUUCCUUAGAUGAAGAAAAGAUGGAGAUCUUGGUCAACAGUUAUCACCACCAAGGAGUUAAGAGAUUGGCGAAAAGGUUCGUGCCAAUGGCUUUUGCUCCUGAUGGAUUGAUUGAAGGGUUUUAUGAUCCUGAUAUGUAUAAUCCUGAUGAGGGAAAGUUCCUAGUGGGUUUACAGUUCCAUCCAGAGAGGAUGAGAAAGAACGGUCUCGAAGAAUUUGAUUUUCCUGGUUGUUCUGUUGCUUAUCAGGAAUUUGCAAAGGCAGUUAUUGCAUGUCAAAAGAAGCUGAAUAGCACAUUGUCCGUUCCUAAGAAAUUGGAACUCAAUCCAGAAAUGGAGAACAAAAGAAAGAUACUUGUCAGGAGCUUCUCGCUUGCUAGGUCUAUGUACACCAGAUCUUAUUCGUUGAAUAACCAACCCAUAGAAUCAGAACUUAAAGUUGGGGCUGAGUUUCUUGAGUCAAAUACGGCUCUAAGUGUGAAACAAGAGAUGAGGCUGAAGGAGAUGGGAGCGACAAUGAGGAACGGUGGAUCAUUUACGGAAAAGCUUAGGCUUGAUGAGGAGAAGCAGAGGAAAGCGAUGAACAUAAUGAAGAAGAUGAACGUUGAGAGACUCUCUGAGCUCAUCACUUUCUAUCAACUGAUGGGUAAGAUCUCUAGUGAGGUGUUGGAGAGAAAACUUCAUGCCUCAGUCAAUGAACACAACCUCACUUCUCAAUGACAUCAGCUAAAAAACUAUAAUGAUGUAUUGAUUAAUGGCAUUAAUUUAAUGCUUAAGUUUGGCUUUUAAAAAUUUUUUUUUGUGUGUUUUAAGUUACUUUUGUGCUUUGGAAACGUAUUACAUGACUUACUUUCAAUAAGCAUACGACUUGCAACGAAAGAACCUUGUAAAUUUGUAAUGUUUGGCUUUUUUAGCCAAUAAA